AUGCGGCGCGAACUUGACCCCAGACUGUCGAGGAUUGAAGCUACCAUGUGCUGCUAUCCCAAAUUCAUCACCAAUGAAACAAGAGGGAUAAUUUCCGGUGUUGUCAUCACCGAUCUUCUGCAGUAUGGCUUCCCCGGGGCCGCAACGGCCACCUCCUCGAUCCCGGAGCAACGGCAGCGGCAGCAACAUUUCGCUCCCCAUCCCGGAAGGCAGACCGAUACCAUACACGGUCAAGUGCAAGCCACCAGCUCCAGAUGUCCUAGUCGUCUCUACGACCGCGCUGACCUCGUCCUAGGCACGCCUGAAGAAUACAUAAAGGGUAUCACGUACCACUCUCGGCAAACCAGCGCCGACACGGUAUAUCCAGGAGAGAUCUACGAUACACUGAGUCGAUUUCUCGCCGGCUCUGAAUAUCAAACGUCCUGCGAUAAUUUCGCAUGGCUCGUCAGUCCAGGCCAACCGGGCCAUCCCUUAUCUCCAGACGUGCAGUCGCUAUCCGACUGGCAAACAAUGUCGGAUGGCAGCAGGAACCGAGAGCGAUCCCAGCACGAAGGGUUCGCAAACCCCGAGCAGUGCAUAGAAGGACUGAGGAAGAAUAUUGAGCUGUCACAGCCUCAGGUGCUAUUCCUUCGGGGCCAUCCCUCACCGCACUGGCUCGCGAGCAUAGGGGCCUUUUGCUACGCAGAUCCCGAGCUGUUCCGUUGGUUUCUCAGGUACCGCGAACGGCCCGGGGAUGACUAUUACUUUGACGCCGCCCCUUCCGCUAUGAGUAGCAUCUUUCGCUUCAAGUUCUUCACCAUCGGGUCCAAGAACUAUAGUUUACGAUCGUCCCAGAAGGCCGUAGAUUCCAUGCGCGCAAAGGCGGCCAAUGACCUCGAGAAAUACCGCACGGCGCUGCGAGGAUCCUGGAACCUGAGGCAAGGGGACUCCAUUGUCCGAGAUCUCUACGUGCUUGACGAACGGCAUUGUGUCAUUGAACAAGAAGUCGUCGUGUCCACAUUUGAAAUCGGUAGAACAUGGAUGGCCAUCGCCUGUACGGACGCAGGACGCGACCUCUUCACCCAUGGCCCGCAACUCCCGUGGCUCCGUGGCGACACGGAGACACGGCCCGCAGAACUUCUACCGAUAGUCCAAUACAGGCCGAAGUGUGCUUUGAAAGCCCGCAGCAUCAGCGAGAGGGCCCCCGCGCCGACACAGAAGAGGAAUACGCAGAGCCUUGCCGUCUUUCCCGAAGGCUACGGUCGCAGUCUCGACUGGUCCCUCGCCAAAUCGGACCGCAUGUACGCUUUGCUCGAGAUUUUCAGACUAGCUGCCUUCUCGCAGAAGCAGCUCCUGAACGUCUUACAACAGAAGAUAGUGACUGAGACAAGGAGCCUAUCCGCAAACAUUGAGCAUCCGACCAUGGCCAACCUGCUAUACUUUCGGGACAUUCUACAGGAUCAGCUCGGCUAUGUUUCUAACCUGUCUCGACUUACAGACGAUCAGACUAGAGUUUCUCACAGUGUACAGCGGCCUGCCACGGUCGACCAUGGUAUGGCUGAAGUGCACAGACUCUUCGAAGACCUCCGCUCGCAAGCUCAGUCGCUCCACGAGAGAUGCACCCAGGGCAUGACGGUUAUCAGUAACAAUAGCAUGCUCGAAGAGUCUCAACGAGCAAUAAAGCAGGCAGAGUUGGUCACGAAACUCACAAAGGUCGCCUUUGUCUAUCUUCCGUUCACCUUCACGGCUGGCUUCUUUGGCAUGAACUUCAAGGAGCUUGGAACUGGUGAGAUUCACCUGUGGAUAUACUUUGUUGCCUCCUUGCCUCUCAUGUUUGUGACCAUGGCGUUCUAUGUGCUUGAUGAACAACGUGUCAAGGGAAUUCGGCAGGCAUUACAAAUUUCGGAUCCGGAUGGCGCAAAGCAGCAGCAAUAA